AUGGGAGGAAAAAAGCACAGAAAUUUUCGAAGGCCAAAAUACGAAAUCAUGCGACAUUCAAGACAUGAAUUCAAUUUCUCCGUUGUUAUAUGGUUACCUCUUUUACCACUUUUGAUUAUUUGUAUCGGAGAUUACUUCAGAAAGAAGACAUCAUCGAAAAAAGAUGUGUGCUGGGAAAGCCUGAAUAAUAACGUAUCAGUUUCAAGAGAGGCAGUGGAUUGGGUCUCAGCUGAGAUUUCUCAUCUUCGUAGAUUAUUUGACCUCAUUGAAAGUACCUCAAUCAGAACAAACAAGAAGGAUCAGAUAACAAAUGUAGAUCGAAUAGGUAUUUCUCAUGAAACACUUAGACGUCGUGCUUUGAAUUACAUUUAUGAAGCACGAUACACUUUGAACAAUUUACGCAAAAUUUUUACCCAAUUAAAAAAAGUUAAUCAAAAGGAAUUGGACACUGAAACAGUUUCAUCGAUACAAGCAUCGUUAGUUCGUUAUCGACAGAAUAUGGAGGAAACUAUUUCACACUUGCAACUUAUUCUUAACAAACUAGGUGAAUUAGAUGAAUUUUCACAAAUCAGAAAGAAUGGCUUAAAUAAGCUUUCACAGCGAUUACAGGAGAAGAUUCAAAAACAACAGAAUCCAUCAGAUUGUAAAAAGGCCAAAUAUAUGACAUUUGACUUCACUAAUCUGUGUGGAUUGGGUUGUUGCAUGCAUCAACUCAUGUACUGUUUACAAUUGGCUCUUGAAAAUGAGCGUGUUCUAGUAUUGAAGAAACAUUAUCCUGGAGAUAUAUUUCGAGAAUGGCUUCAUCAGAACAUGUUACCACUUUCUGAAAAAUGCAGUUAUUUGGACUCAGAUAAUAGAUCAGAUAACAUCAAUUGUCCUUGGAUUGUAAAGGCUCCCCAAGUGCAUAACUGGUUGCCACAUGUUCUCCCGAUAGAUAUGAAUAAAGAACUAUUACGUUUACACGAGGCACCCUUUGUUUGGUUUGCUGGUCAACUAGCAGCUUACAUUUUGCGUCCAAAGCCACAAUUUGCACAAUUAAUCAAUGUAACCUUGAAGAGCUUUAAAACGAGUGGUGAUCCUGUUGUUGGCGUGCAUAUCAGGCGUACCGAUAAGUUAAUUUGGGAGGCUUUGUUUCAUAACUUAUCCGAGUACAUGGAACACGUGGAUAAUUUCUUUGAUUUACAUAGUGUUCAUCUCUUGACAAUGUCAAAGAGACAUCUAACUCAAUAUCAUAUGGAAUAAUAAACAAUCUUAUUCGUUAAAUAAUUUUAUUCAGGCAAGCUUCAUUAUGUUCUCUAACUCGUUUAUUACCAAGAUAAAUGACACAACACAAAUAAUCCGAAGACAUACAGUAAUGUGAAUAUAAUCCAUUCUUAAUCUCAGACUGUAAGUACGUGAAUAAGUUCUCAUCUUAAUUCAUGACACAUCCUCAACAUCUAGCAGUCGUUGAUUACUCAGUCAGUAAUCUUAGAAAAGUAAGCUGAUCAUGUAAUGGGCGAAAUCAUGAAUUUAGGAAAUAUACAAGUACUUGGUGUUGUUUACUUGUAUCUCCCCAUUGUUAUCUAGGACUGCAAAUGAUUAGUCUCUUGUUGUCAUAUGUGCAUCGUGUGCGGACUGCACCGAUAUUGUCUUAGGUCACAAGCUUGCGGGUACAUCCAGCUGACGAGUCC